CAAAUAAAUGUUCAAACAUGUAUUAAUAAUUUUUAUGUUUUCUUAUAUUAUGUUUUAUUUAUAUUAUGAAGUCAUGACAUGCGUAUAUCAGUAUCGUCAGACAUUGAUCGUUUCAGUCUUCGUAUUUGCCGUAUGAUAACAGUUAAUAUGACGUCAAAGUAUCGAAUAAUUUAGUUGGGGGGAAAAAGCAUUAUGCAAAUCAUGAUAGCGAUUAAAAUUCAUAUAUCAUGAACAGAUAACGUAAGCAAAAUGUACUCCGGGAUAUCUCCAGUUUGAUCUAUGUCAAAACUAUUACAAACCGGAUACAUAAAUGCUGUAUAUAAUCCUAUAGUCUGUAAAAUAUGUAUUUAUUCUCAUUGUUAGAUGAAGUUUAAACAUUCAUCAAAUUUAUUCAAAUUUAUAAAUACUGCAUUAAUACAACAUUUACAUACGUAUUUUUUCUUUCUUUCAGCUAGAAAAAGAAUUGUUUCAAGCAUAAGAAUUGAUUAGUGUUAAAAAAAAUUUCAGGAAAAAAUUUUAUCUGAAACAACACAUAGAACGUUGAUAAUCUUUUUUAUCUCUCAUUACAUUAUAGACAAUAUGAUCAAUAUGAUGAUCAUAAUUUCCGUAAUUACUGAUAUGCAACAAAAUAAUGUAUCAUUAUUGUUACAAAUCGACAAGGCACGUGUAAGGUAUUUUUCUGAUACGCGCAUUAUUCUUAUUGCUAUACAUUGAAGCGUUGCCAUCAUCUGAAACGAUGAACAGCGUAAUUUGGAAUAAGAUGAAGAAGGCUUUCGUACCAAUCUCUAGCGUGCCGAUGUUUGCCAUGAUGCAACAAGAAAAUCUUAGACAAAGUCGAGCACUGGAAACUCACAAUUUCCAAUUGCAAAAUUUGACUCUAACAUCUUUUGAGGAACCAUAUUUCCUCGAAUUUUAUGAUAAUGAUACGAAAGUUACAGGACUCUGCGGUGAAUUAUGGAUUCUACUUUCUGAAAAAUUGAAUUUUACAUUACAACCAGUAAGGUCAAAUGAAAUAGGCCUCGGUGUAAGAAACGAGACCAUUUAUCCAAAUGGAUUACUGGGCUUAAUUUCACGCAAUGAAACUAUCGCAAUUCCCAAAGUCGAAAUGUUCAAUACUCGACGUACAGCUACUGAGUUUACCGUACCUUUGUGGUUAACCAAGCAGCGUUUGUAUAUUCACAGUGACACAACAGCAUAUGACAACACAUGGAUGGCAAAAGUGUUCUCCUGGAAAAUAUGGUGUUUUAUAUUAGUUAUGUAUUUAUUACUAAGCGUAUGUAGUUUUUGGUCACAAAUUAUUCUUGAACGUAUUGAAAAUAAUAGCAAACGCUCGACUAUCAGCGAUCAUAUUUUUUAUAACUUUGGAAUGCUCUGUAAUCAAGGCUCUAUUCCCAAUAUUUUAAAUGGAAGAUCAAAGAUAGUAGAAAUAGUGCUGGGCUUAUUUUGUUCUAUAUUGUACAUGGCAUUUGGAGCUUUGUUAUUCGUUUUUAUAGCUAAAAAAGUUAGCAAUAUACCGCCAUUCGAUAAUUUGGACACUCUGCUGACUGACACUUCAUAUAAGGUUAUUGUUUUAAAUGGUUCUAUUGGAGACAUCGCUUUUAAGGGAAUUACUAGGGAGCCUUACGUAGGAUUGAAAAAUGAAAAACGCGUUAUUAUUUCAUCAACAAUCGAAGAAAUGUUUAAACUAGUAUGUAAAAAAGGCAAAAAGAAGUAUACCGUAUUCCAAAGUACAGAUGAGUAUAAAACAAGAAAAGUUGAAUGUCGUUUAACUUCAAUUGGAGAUCCUUACCAUAAGACAUGGGCAGCUUCGGGCAUUGUGAGAAAUUUUAAAUACAAAAGGACCAUUGACCUUGGGAUACUCAGAUUAAAGGAAGUUGGAUUAUGGAAAGCGUUAAAACAUCGAUGGUUGACAAAUAUUCAUCAACACAGUAGUUCCAAGAUAAUUGAAGCGAUUAGAAUAGAUCAAGUUUCUUUAAUAAUUUUAAUGAUGUGCUGUGGAAUAAUAAUAGCUGUUAUUAUUUUUAUAAUCGAAAAAAUUGUGUAUGCUUAUAAACAAAAGCUGUCAUGACUUUUUAUUUAUACUGUCAUAAAUACAUUUUAUUAAAAAAAAUAUUUACCAGAGCAGUUAAUCUUCUCUCACAUACACACACA